UUUUUGCUGAUAAGUGAUAAUGAUAAAACACCACGAGUAGUUGCACAGGAAUUAACUUGAAAUUAUUUCCUCGAAUCGACUUCCAUUUCUUAUUUCUAUGAAUUGUGAUAUGUCUAACAGAAUCCCAAGAAAGCUACAUCAAGCAAAAUGAAACCGCAAGAAAUCGAAAGUAAACUUAUAGAAUUGCAAGAUAGUACUUCUUCAUCGGAUGUUUUGAAACAUGAUUCGGAUACUGAACCUGCCAGCACAUCGCAAUCAGUCCAAAACACUUCAUCUUCGACCGAAAAGGAAGAGAAAUGUAUUCUGAAACCGGAAGACCAACUAAGAGCUUUCCUACCAGUGCUGCAGAAUUUAUACCAACUAGAGGAAUCGAUGCCUUUUCAAGAGCCAGUAGAUCCGAUAAAAAUGGGUUUACCCAAUUACUUUACCAUUAUCAAAGAGCCAAUAGACUUGUCGAUCAUCAAAAGAAAGCUCGACGAUGGCCAAUACAUUGAUCCGUGGGAUUUCGUCAACGAUAUGUGGCUGAUGUUCGAUAACGCUUCGCUGUAUUUCAAAAAAUCGUCCGCAGUUUAUAAAUGUUGUACUAAAUUGGUUGAAAUCUUUGGGAAAAAGAUAGACCAAGUUAUGCGAAACAUGGGUUAUUGCUGCGGUCGUAAGUAUACAUGCAGUCCUCGAACGCGGCGCUGUUCUGGUAACCACGGUGAGAUAAUACAAAAGGACACAGACUAUUUCAGUUAUCAAAACGAGUACACUUUCUGUGCUAAAUGUUUCGAUGAAAUACCCGGAGAUACAGUUACCGUAGGUGAAGAUGCUUUUCAACAUCGGACAUUUAUCAAAAAGAAUCAGUUUGUGAAAGCGACGAACAGUGUCCCCGAAAUGGAGCCGUUUGUCGAGUGCCUAGAUUGUGGCAGAAGAUCACAUCAAAUAUGUGUUAUGUAUAUGGAUCAGAUGUGGUAUUCAAGAUUCGUUUGCAAAAAUUGCAACAAGAUUAAAAAAGUGAACAAAAAAGAAAGCAAAUUACGUGCAAGAAUGUUACCAAUCACUACUCUAGGCACUCACAUGGAAACCAGAGUGAACCAGUUCCUUAAAAAGAAAAACGCCGGAGCUGGCAAAGUGACCGUUCGGGUCGUAUCAAGUUGUGAGAAAACAGUCGUAGUAAAACCUGCCAUGAAGAGUCGAUUCGUCGAUACUGGAGCAUUACCCGAACAGUUCCCGUACAAAGCGAAAACUUUAUUAGCUUUUCAAGAAAUUGACGGCGUCGACGUGUGUAUUUUUGGUAUGCAUGUUCAAGAAUGCGGAUCGGAAUGUCCACCACCGAAUCAAAGACGCGUAUACAUCGCGUAUUUUGACUAUGUGCAGCUCUUUCAACCGGAAUGUUUUCGUAUUGCAGUUUAUCAAGAAAUUCUAUUAGGCUAUUUGGAUUACGUUAAAAAAUUAGGGUACAUGGUGGCUCAUAUAAGGGCUUUUACUCCUCCAGAAGAAGAGAAUUUCAUGUUUCAUUGUCGUCCUGACGAUCAAAAGAAUUUCUCGCAGAAACGAUUAACAGAAUUGUAUAGAAAAAUGUUAGAUAAAGGUAUCGUCGAGAAAGUAAUAGACGAAUACAACGAUAUUUUGAAACAAGCGAUGGAAGAUCAAAUACAAUCUGUCACCGGUUUGCCGUAUUUCGAAGACGAUUUAUGGCCUAACGUGUUAGAAGAAAGUAUCAAUGAGUUGAAACAAGAGGAAGAAGAAAAAAGACAGCAAGCUGGAGCUGCAAAAACUGCCUCAAACGCGGUAGAUGAACAGCUCGGAUACGAUGUAUGCAUCGAUGAUAAUGGAAAUAAAAUAAUGAAUUUGAAUUAUUUAAUGGCCAAGAUUUACAAAGCUAUGGUGAAAUACCAGCAUAAUUUCUUCGUUAUUCGUUUACAUUCGGCUGAGACUGCAGCCAACUUACCGCCUAUCGCAGAUCCGGAUCAGCUAAUCGCAUGUGACCUCAUGGACGGUGGAGAUGCGUUCUUAACGAUGGCUCGUGAAAAGGGUUACGAAUUUUCGUCGCUACGUCGAGCGAAAUUCUCGACAAUGGCGUUAGUCUAUGAAUUAUUAUAUACCCGCAUUCCAAUUGAUUAUUUUUACAUCUGUAAUAAAUGUAAAAAAGUAGUCGAAAUGAGAUUCCAUUGUGUCAGGUGUAAAGAUUACGAUCUUUGUAUAUCUUGUUUCGACAAAGAAGGACAUCCUCAUAAAAUGAACAAGGUUUAUUUGGGUUUGGAUCUCGAGAACGAUACUUUAUCGACUUUAGAAGUAUCAGCCUAUCCUCUGGAAGUAAGAAAACAAUCGAUGCAGGUUUGUAUCGACUCUUUGACUCACGCUUGCCAAUGUCGAGUCGCAAGUUGCCCGUUAUUAAGUUGUCAGCGCAUGAAACGUGUUAUUCUUCACUCUCGUACCAAGCAAUGCAAGCUGGAAGGGAAGGUAAGUUGCCCAAUUUGCAGGCAUCUUACGAUUGUGGUUUACCAUCACGCCAAAGAUUGUCGAGAUACAGAAUGCGCAGUGCCCGAAUGUUCGAGUAUCAGAAAGGAAAUGAACCAGAUACUACUGCAGCAAAGCGUAGAACGAGCUAAAUUGCUAUUGCGUCAUGUAGCUGAGAUGAAAUCGAGUAUCUCGAGCAGUACCGAAUCAAGUUCGCAGUCCAAUUCAGAGACUUCGUCUCCGGGCAGUUCUGGACAAAAUUCGUCUCAGACUCCGACUAAGAAGAGUGUGCGAGUGUUAUUAUCGACAGCGCAAGUAUUGCAUUUGCCGAGCCAUCCUCAGCUGCAGCAAGACAAAGUACUACAAGAACUGAAGGCAAAUCCUCAACUUACGGUAGCGUUUGUGAAGGAAAGACGAGAAGAACAGCAACAAUCGGGUGAUCGUACGAAACAGCUGCCCGCGCUACAGUCUUCGGUUGCCGAUGGACCGAUUCCGAUGGAAGUGGAUGUUGUAGCGCCUUCUGUGACUGGUGUUCUGAAACCGGAAGUUCAAAAAAGAGCUUUCCUACCACUGCUGCAAUAUUUAUUCCAACAACAUGAAUCGCUGCCUUUCCGAGAACCAGUUGAUCCAGUAGAGUUGGGUGUACCCAAUUACUUCGAUGUUAUCAAAAACCCGAUGGACUUGUCGACCAUUAUAAGCAAGCUCAACGAUGGCCUGUACGGUGAUCCGUGGGAUUUCGUCAACGAUGUAUGGCUGAUGUUCGAUAAUGCUUGGCUAUUCAACUUAAAAUCGUCCUGCGUUUAUAAAUGUUGUACUUUGUUAGCUGAACUUUUCCGAUACGAAAUCACACCAAUUAUGCAAAGCCUAGGUUAUUGUUGCGGUCGCAAGUAUACGUUUAGUCCAGAAAAGCUGACCUGCUUCGGUAAACAACUGUGCCAAAUUCCCAGAGAAGCCCAGUAUUUCAAUUACCAAAACAAAUACACUUACUGUGUUAAUUGUUUCAAGGAAAUACCUGGAGAUGAAGUAGCCGUAGCUGACGAUCUUUCUCAAUCUCCAACUGUGAUUAAAAAGGAUCAGUUCGUAGAAAUGUGUAACGGAUGCCGCGAAACGGAAUCGUUUGUAGAAUGCUUAGAAUGUGGCAUAAAAUUGCAUCGAAUAUGCAUUUUGCACGUCGAUCAGAUAUGGCCUUCGGAAUUCGUUUGUGACAAUUGUUUGAAGAAAAAUAACAUGAAAAGAAAAGAAAAUGAAUUCCGUGCCAAGGCGUUACCAAUUACUGAAUUAUCUACCUACAUCGAAGCCAGAGUCAACAAGCUCCUCGAAGAUAGAGAGCUCGGAAUUAGCAAAGUGACCGUUCGUGUUAUAUCCAGCUCGCAAAAAACGAUGAAAGUGAAACCUUACAUGAAGAGUCGAUUCGUCGAUACAGGAAAAUUACCCGAACAAUUCCCAUACACAGCGAAAGUUCUAUUUGCAUUUCAAGAAAUCGACGGCGUUGACGUGUGUGUUUUCGGUAUGCAUGUUCAAGAAUACGGAUCCGAAUGCCCUCAACCGAAUCAAAGACGCGUAUAUAUCGCGUAUUUUGACUACGUGCACUUUUUCGAACCUGAGACGUAUCGUACUGACGUUUAUCAAGAGAUUUUAUUAAGCUACUUGGAUUACGUUAAGAAAUUAGGGUAUACCAUGGCUCAUAUGUGGGUGUGUUCUCCGCCCAAAGGAGAAGAUUUCAUUUUUAAUCACCAUCCUCAUAAUCAGAAAGUUCCUUCUCACAGACAAUUAAUGAUUGGGUGUCGGGAUCUGUUGGGUAAAGCCGGUUACAAAGAUAUUUUGAAACGAGCUAUGGAAGAUAAGUUACAAUCUGCCGCUGAACUGCCGUACUUCGAGGGCGAUUUUUGGCCUAUUAUCUUGGAAGAAAUUAUUAAAGAUUUGGACCAGCUGAAAGAAGAAAAAAAAGUGCAAACUGAUGCUAAAGACUUAAUAGCCAUAAUUUACGCAAUUAUGGAAAAAGUGAAAGAUGGUUUCCUCGCUAUUCAAUUACACUCGACUCGAACAGCAGCCACCUUGCCGAUUAUCGAAGAUCCGGAUCCGUUAAUCGCCUGUGACCUCAUGGACGGUAGAGAUGCCAUCUUAACUUUGGCUCGUAACAGACAUUACGAAUUUUCAACCCUUCGUCGAGCGAAAUUCUCAUCGAUGGCGAUGCUGUAUGAAAUACAUAUUAUCCAAAAUAUGCAGAAUUACAAGCGUUGCGGAAACGCCGAGGGUCAAUUUCAACGUGCAGCGUUUCCGUCGCAUUUUCGUGUUUUCUGAACCUGAAAACAAUACGAAAUGCCACCCCCAAGUGUGUUGAUUUUUUGUUUCAUUUUAUUUGAAACACUUGUUGAAUUGUUGUUUUUUUAUUGUGUUCAUAUUUUUUUAAAUACCUACUCGUUUCAUUUUACUUAUUUACUUUUGAAACCUAUCGUUAAAUUCACUAUUUUUUGUGACAUUUUUUAUACCACUUGGGAUUUUUUUACCGAAUUGAUUUUUUGUGUAUUUCUAAGUCGUUCUACCAUUUAUUACAACUCUCAUUGUGUUGUUCCUAUCAUUUUUCUAAAGGUGUCUACUUACUUGGUUCUGAAACCUCUUGUUGAAGUUCGCAAGUUUUUGUUACAUUUUUUAAAGCACCUGUUUAGAUUAUUUCUCUUUAGUGACUUUCAUGAGACUUUUUAUACUUUUUAUUUUCAAUGUGCGAUUUACUAUGUUUUUAUAUGUAUUUCGAUAAGUUGUAGUUAUGGCAAUUUAUGAAUUUAAUGUUGAUAAUUUUAAAAUGAAUGGAUAAUGAUAUUUUGUUGGGUCGUGUA